AUGAGCUUCUCAACUCAAAGGAAGUUAAAUGAACGUUGGCCUGGGUUUGAGAUUGCUGAUGAUAUCGAUACUGUGCAUACGGAAGAUACCGGUAUCGUUCAUGCCGGCAGGUCUGUCACUGCCAUGCAAUAUCAGGCUCGGACCAAUGGAGCUACCCUGAAGGAAAACCACAGAGUGGAUAAAUUGACUCCUGAUGAAAACGGCGUUGUGAUUGAAACAUCCAAGAGGAAAUUUCAUGCCAAAAAGGUGAUUUUGGCAGCCGACGCCUGGGUCAACAAGCUUCUCAAGUCUCUUGGGUCCGAGAUUCCCGGUAUGACAGUUAUGCAAGAGCAAGUUACGCACUUCAAGCCCUUGGAUCCUGAGCGCUACGAGCCGAAAAACUUCCCCGUGUGGAUUUGGGAUCUGCUCAAGAAGUUGACGAAGUUUAUGGACACUAUCAUACCCGCCCAUGGCCCGGAGCUUCGAACCGUUACUUGUCAGUAUGCGAUCACGCCGGAUCGACAGUUCAUUAUUGGCCCCUUGAAGAAGCACCCGGACAUUAUCCUAGCCCAGGGGAAUGGACAUGCAUUUAAGUUUGCCCCUGCGAUCGGUCGAGUAGCGGCAGAACUCGCAAUUGACGGCAAGACGACGGAGGAUAUCUCCUUAUUUACCGUGCCAGACCCGAACAGCAGCAACCCUCGUCCAGCCCCUCCCGGCGGUAGCAAGCUGUAG